AUGACAAUGAAUUCACACAUAGCACCAAUUCAUGCAUCGUUGCAUAUUUCAUCAUUCACUUCCUAUUUCCCAAAUUCACCUUCAUUCUCAUCUUUUAAACCAUCAAACCCUCUCAAUUUCACCCCUAUCAUCAGAACAACUGUUCAAUAUCACAGACAAAGAACAAUAACCAGAGCAACCCUUGAUGAUAUUCAAAGAGAUAAACUCUCCUCAACUCCACUUGUUGUGGAGGACGUGAAUCCCAAAAGGGAGUUAGAGGAAAAUGUGAAAGUGCUAAAAAAUGCAGCUAAGACAAGAAAGGUACCAGCGGAGGAGAUUCUUUCUGCACUGUCUUUCAUUGAGAAAGCAAAAGUUGAUCCUUCUGGUUUUCUUGAAACCCUUGGAGGAAAGGAAUCCCCUGGGAGAACCUGGAUGCUAAUUUUUACUGCAAAGAAAAAAUUAGACGGUGGUCGGUAUUUUCCUCUUACAGCUGUUCAGAGAUUUGAUGCUUCAGCGAAGAGGAUCGAAAACGGUGUAUUUCUUGGACCUAUUGGACAAUUAACAUUUGAAGGAAAACUUUCAUGGAAAAACAGAAUACUGUCUUUCAUUUUUGAGAACCUUCGAAUAAAAGUUGGACCUUUGAAACCGCUACAAAUCAGCCUUGGACAAAAGGAUGACAGGGAACCAAGUACCAAAGAUCCCUUUUUCAUCUGGUUUUAUGUUGAUGAGGAAAUAGCUGUUGCUCGAGGCCGAAGUGGAGGCACUGCAUUUUGGUGCCGGUGUCGUCAGGUUGAAAAUUGA